AUGCCCGACAAGAUGGACUCGCUGCCGACGGCGGAAAUGUACUGGCAGGACGCCAAGAAGAUCCGACACAAGAUCGUCCGUGACAUCAGGCAGCUCAAGGAGGGGUCUAAUGGCAAGACCGAAGAAGAACAGUUGAGAUCGCUAGAGGGGAGCAUGGCCGAAUUUCGGCUGCGAUUCGUCUGCACGCUCAGCGGGGACCCCCAGUAUAUCUACCAGUCGGAUGCAGAGAAAGUGAUGUGGGAGCUUCAUACAUACGUCAACCAGGCCUACCGAGAUCUGUUCAACGAGCGCCUCCGAGGCCAGCCACACGUCGUGACCAAGCGCAAGGUGGAGAAACUUUACAACAACUAUUUGAAGACUGCCCACGACUUUUAUAAGGGCUACUUCCAGCGCCUCCAAUCGCUGCAUGGCCUGCCGCAGCUUCCCAGGAUCAACAGCGUUCUGGAACUGGAACCCCCGACUGUCGACGAUCGUCAGGGCCAUCUCGUGACCGCCGAAGCCGCCCAGAGAUCGUUCCACUCAACCCUGCUUCGUCUCGGUGAUAUAUCUCGCUGGAGACACAAAGCUCGGCCAAAGCCAGGUGGCACGAAGAUGGCUCUGCUCUACUAUGCUCUCGCGCACGAUCUGAAGCCAACUUCCGGAGAUGCUCAUCACCAAAUGGGAAUGAUGUACACAGAAGAGCACAACCAUUUACUCGUUGUCUACCAUCUCUAUCGCUCGCUAGCAAUUGAGUUUCCCCAUGCCAACUCCACACGCAACCUAGAGGUCGAGUUCAAGCACAUUUUGAAUUCCUCCACGCCUACCAGACGAACAGGCACUCCGGACCCCAAUGAAUCCUUCUCCAACUGGUUCGUGAGGCUUCAUGCUCACUUUGCCAAGGGUGAAACGUUUUCCCAACAGUCCGAGUUGGAACAGACCGUGCUCCAUCGCCUCGAGGAAAUGUUGAAGAAGCCAGACACUCUGCCUCUUGUGUUGAAGAUGGUUCUUAUCAACAUUGCAGCCUACUACGUCACACUAUCCAGGGCUCUGAAGGAUUGGAAGGACAGUGCUUCCAAAUCAUGCGAAUUCGUGUUAGGGAUGAACGUCCGGUGGAUUGUGGUAAUAUCUCGCCUCUUCCAAGCGGAACUCCAAGAAUUCUCAAAGGCUGCAGCUCCUGCGAAAGACACGGCCGAGAACGGCGCAAAGGCGAAACAUGCUGCAAAGUUCAGCCCAUUCACUGAGAACCUACUACCGCUGAUGCGUGUCUACAUGGCCUGGCUUUAUAUCUAUCGAGCAGACAUCGUGAAGUUUCAAGGACACCUGGGGGGUCACGUCUUCGACAUGUAUAGGAUCCUUGCCCAAGUCCUGACUACCAUCUUGAAGGAGUUCAACGGCCAACAGAUGGAAGCAUCGCCGUACCUCCUUCCCGAGGACGUCGUGGCGUUAGGUAUGAAGCCAUUCGAUGGACCUAACAUGGCUUCGGCCUGCCGACUCCACCUCGCGUUCGGCAGAGAUGAUUUCAAGCCGCAUUGGGAAGACACCGGACUUCCCAGGAAGGAACCUGAUGCGGAGAUGAGAGCUCGUGUCUAUGAUCUCAUGAACUGCGGAUUCUCCCUCGCUCUCGAUGAUGGAUUCCCACUGGCUGUGAACCCUCCUGCAGAGGGCUCCGAUGGAACUGUCACCAUAUCCUACGUUGAGGGAGGGAAAGGCUCGCAGAUUGCUCAGCAAGAGCCUGUCAGGUCCCAACCCAUUCCCGCUGAUGCCCAGGCGGUGGGCAACCUCGGCCGCGCGCACACCAGAGCGCCAUCUGGCUCAGCUGCGGUUGAAGGAAGCCCCGAACCCCGGACGAUCGACGUCGAGCCUUUGGAAACCGAAUCGGAUCUGAACAUUGAUGCGAAGAUGCAUGACAUGGUGGAUGACCUGCUUGAAGAUGAUAAUUCGGACCUGAUGGGCACCCAACCGGGGCGUGGCCCCACCCAGCCCAAGACAUCGUCAUACGGCAUGCACUCUUCAACAGCCGAGCAAGUUUUCGGUGGUCUUCAAACACCUGGUCAUAACUCCAGUGCUAUCUUUGGAAGGCCGACUCCUUGGGGUUCUUUUGAGAAUGCUGGUGCUUAUGAGAUUGCUUCUGGGGGCCACGUCCCUGGACAGAUCAACAAUGCUCGGUCGAAAGCCGUGUCGUCCCCCUUGGGAUUCAACAUGGGUAGCAACCCAUUCUCCAUGGACUUCUCGCAGGCAGCAUCUGGUCUUCCUCCUGUCAACAGCCCAUUCGGCCUGCCAACAGGACAGAUCAACGGCGGGUUUGCCCAGAGCGACAUGUACUCGUACAACCAGCAAUUUGGGGGCUCUUUCCCUGCCUACGCGCAGCCCAAUGGCCCGACCACGGUCUGCAACGGAAAUGUCUACAACGCCACUACCGCGUACGGCCGGGGUGUCGUGGCGGCCAAAGACGACCCUUCUCGCUUCAGAAACGCGGUUAAGAAGACGCACAUGGCAGUCGCUGCCGCCGAGGCUGACGCGUUUGACCGGGCAGUCUUGGAGAGCGCUCUGGCGGACGACCGUCCGAAGCCAAAGGGAUGA